GGCGCUGUGCCGGUGCUGCUGAGGCGCCUGCACGACACGCCGCCCGAUCAGCCGCUGGAGGAGGAGGCGCUGCAGUUCUUCGCAUCGCUGACCGACUGGGUGCCCUCCUGCCGCCACCGGCUGAGGGACCUGGGGCUGCUGAGGCGGGUCAGCAGGCGCAUGGAGAGCCCCAGCUGCGGUGGUUUCGAGCUGGUGCUGCUGGUGUCCAUCUGCAAGGGCAUGAGUGAGAGCGAAUCGCUGCACACCUUCAUGAAGGAGCUGGGGGUGGCUCGAGCACUGGCCGCAAAGCUGGUGGCUGAUGACCAAGCGGUUGACACGCUCCUGCCCGUCAGCACCACCGGCGGCCUGGACGCCUUGCUCACCCUCGCCAACCUCAACGGCGGAACGGCAAGCCCCGACGACACGCUCUGUCAGGAGCUGAUUGUACGACACGACAUUUCGGCUCAGAUCGCCCAAUUCGCCGCGGAGGCCGUUCUCUCCGAUAAGGGCCUCGCCACGUAUACCUUUCCCGAUGGAACUUGGUCGAUAUACGACUUGCCGUCGUUGCUGACUUCAUGCCAGUCGUUGACUCGUACGGCAGUCAACUGUGAGCGGUUGGCGCAGCAUGGGCUGCUGCCCACGCUGCUUGCGGUGCUGCGAAGCAGCUCGCCUGCUGCUGCUGCUGCCGCCUCCGGCGCCAACUCGGUAACCACAACCACAACUCCUGGGUCUUCUGCAACGGAUACCGCUUCCGCAACCGCUGCUGGCGCUGCUGCUGCUACCGGUGCUGCUUCCGGAGGGGCCGCGGGAGCUGCCCUAACGGAUCCGCAGCUGGCGGUGCUGGCAGCACGCACCAUAUUCAACAUGGCGCAGGUCUCCGGCCUGCAUGCCCAGCUGCGGGAAGCCGGGGUGCAAGACGUGUUGAAGGCAUGCCUCACGCGGGACGACCUGCGUGUUGUGGAUGCCGCACGAGGCACGCUGCUACAGCUGGGGGAACUAAC